AUGUAUCAACUUCCGCAUUAUUCUGAUGCGCUGAAACAAUUUCCAUCGGCUGCACUAACAGCCUAUUUUUCUAGUGGAGGUGGUGGUGGUAAUACAAGUGGUGUAAAUCCACUAGUUACUACCGGUGGUCAUCAUCCAUUGGCUGCAGCUGCAGCAGCUGCUGCUGCUGUUGUUUCACAUAAUAAUCCAUUUUCUAUUGAUAAUAUACUUGCUCCACGUCCACGAUUACCAGUACCAUUAUCUCCUUAUUAUGGUACAACAUCAGCAAGUACUGCUCAAGCUGCUGCCGAUUUUUAUUCAUAUCCUGCAUUACAAAAUUUUUUUGCUGCUGCUACAAUGGCUCAAAAUCAUAAACGAAAACGACGACAUCGAACUAUUUUUACUGAAGAACAACUUGAACAAUUGGAAGAAGCUUUUAAUCGAACACAUUAUCCUGAUGUUAUGAUGAGAGAAGAUUUAGCAAUGAAAAUUGAUCUUAAAGAAGAACGUGUUGAGGUUUGGUUUAAAAAUCGUCGAGCAAAAUAUCGAAAACAAAAACGUGAAGCAACAGAAAGAUGUCGUCGUGAAGCACUUGAUAAAUCUCAACGAACUGAUGGUGAAAGUACAGCAACAGGUUCAUCAACACCAGGCGCUGGUUCAAGUUCAUCAUUGAGCAGUGUUGGUCAAGAAGCAUCAACAAAUAAUGAUCAUUCAUUAGCUACAUCACAUCAUCUUGUUGUAUGUCCAACAACAUUGACUUCAACAGCAAAUAGUAAUAGUAAUAGUUCAACAUCAGAUUUAUCACCUGGCAUUCAAUCAGCACAAUCACCAACUUAUUGUCAACAACCAUUAGCUUUAACAACAACCAAUACACGAAUAAAUAAUAAUAAUAACAAUAAUAAUAAUAACAAUAAUAAUAAUAACAAUAAUAAUAAUAAUAACAAUUUUAAUCAUCAUCCUCGUAAAGAGACUUUUCCAAUAAAUCAUAUUCGGCAACAACAAUCUAUGACAUCGAAUAAUAAUACUGGACCUUAUCUUAAACUUUAA